AUGUUCUUCAAUGGAAAGCGCGUGGCACCUCCAAAGCCGCUAUUUGAGUCUGUUCAACGAUUCCAGAGAGUAUCGCAAUCAAUUUCUUCUCAGUCCCGUUUCGGUGAACUUCGACUUCGUGCUAUCGACAUUGCCGCGCGACACGAGGAAAAGAAAAUGUCCCUGGUUGAAGAGCCUCUGUAUCCCAUAGCAGUGCUUAUAGAUGAACUGAAAAAUGAUGACAUUCAGCUGCGAUUGAACUCAAUUAGGAAGCUAUCUACGAUUGCCCGGGCUCUCGGGGAGGAGCGAACGCGUAGGGAGUUGAUACCGUUUUUGGGUGAGAAUAAUGAUGAUGAUGAUGAGGUACUUCUUGCUAUGGCGGAAGAGUUGGGCGUGUUUGUUCCUUUUGUUGGGGGAGUGGAACAUGCUCAUGUGUUGCUCCCGCCUUUGGAGACGCUUUGCACUGUUGAAGAAACUUGUGUGAGAGAUAAGGCUGGGGAAUCACUUUGUAGGAUUGGAUCACAAAUGAGGGAAAGUGAUUUGGUUGAGUAUUUCAUCCCUUUGGUGAAGAGGUUGGCAGCAGGUGAAUGGUUCACUGCUCGGGUAUCAGCAUGUGGUCUAUUUCAUAUUGCUUACCCUAGUGCACCAGAAAUGUCAAAGACAGAGUUGAGAUCAAUAUACAAUCUGUUGUGUCAAGAUGACAUGCCUAUGGUUAGAAGAUCUGCUGCAUCAAAUCUUGGGAAGUUUGCUGCAACUGUUGAAUACACUCAUUUGAAGGCAGACACUAUUUUUAAACAUGGUUCAGAUCAAGAUUCAGUUAGAUUGUUGGCUGUGGAGGGUUGUGCUGCACUUGGGAAGCUACUGGAGCCACAAGAUUGUGUCACACAUAUACUACCGGUUAUUGUCAACUUCUCACAGGAUAAGUCGUGGCGAGUGCGAUACAUGGUUGCAAAUCAAUUGUAUGAGCUUUGUGAGGCUGUAGGCCCUGAACCAACCAGAACCGAAUUGGUCCCUGCCUAUGUGCGGUUGCUUCGAGACAAUGAAGCAGAAGUACGGAUUGCUGCUGCUGGGAAAGUGACCAAGUUUUGCAGGAUUUUAAAUCCAGAUCUUUCAAUUCAGCAUAUUCUUCCUUGUGUGAAGGAACUGUCAACGGAUUCUUCACAGCAUGUUCGCUCUGCCUUGGCUUCAGUGAUAAUGGGAAUGGCUCCAGUUUUAGGAAAGGAUGCAACAAUUGAGCAGCUUCUUCCUAUUUUCCUCUCCCUUUUGAAGGAUGAAUUUCCUGAUGUGCGCCUCAAUAUUAUAAGCAAGCUUGAUCAAGUGAAUCAGGUUAUUGGAAUUGAUUUGUUAUCACAAUCUUUGUUACCAGCCAUUGUUGAGCUUGCUGAGGAUAGGCAUUGGAGGGUUCGGCUUGCAAUAAUAGAAUAUAUACCCUUAUUGGCAAGUCAAUUGGGUGUUGGGUUUUUUGAUGACAAGCUUGGUGCUCUUUGUAUGCAGUGGUUACAGGACAAGGUUCAUUCCAUUCGGGAGGCAGCAGCUAACAACUUGAAGCGCCUAGCUGAAGAAUUUGGUCCUGAGUGGGCAAUGCAACACAUAAUUCCACAGAUUUUGCAGCCUAUGACAGAAAUAGCACAGAACAGAGACUGUUACUGUCAUAACUGCUAUGGUAAAACUUUAUGCCAUUCCACCUUGAGAAACCUGCAACGCGAUUGUCCUAUGGUGGUGCUUUACUGCAAUUUGGCGAUGCCAUGGCCUGGUUCUGAUGAUAAUGGUACUGGAAUAACAUAUGACGCUCGAGUCCGAUAUCCAUUUCAGUCCAAGCUUUCUUCAGUUCUGUUCUCUGUUAAGUCUUUUUUUUCCAGUUCCAAUGUACUGGAGAUGAUUAGCAAUUCACAUUAUUUAUAUCGAAUGACCAUACUUCAUUCCAUCUCUCUGCUUGCUCCUGUGAUGGGCCCUGAAAUCACUUGUUCAAAAUUGUUGCCUGUUGUUAUUACUGCAUCUAAAGACAGAGUGCCCAACAUUAAGUUCAAUGUGGCUAAGGUCUUGGAGUCAAUCUUCCCCAUUGUGGAUCAAUCUGUUGUGGAAAAGACCAUCCGACCUAGUCUGGUUGAGCUCAGUGAGGAUCCCGAUGUUGAUGUAAGAUUUUUUUCCAAUCAAGCACUUCAGGCUAUUGAUCAUGUCAUGAUGUCUAGCUAG